GUGGAGCUGGCUCGCUUCAUCUCGUAGUCGUAUCUGUAAGAUACAAACGUAAAGUACUGCUUUUUAAUGUUCCAUUUCGUUCAUUGAUCGUUUCAAUAGCGCGCCGCACGCUCAGCGCAUCAGACAAGUGCCGGUCCCGGGUUCCCGGAGCAUGUUCUGUGUGGGCAUAUCAGCCACAACAACAACAACAACUGUAGCCCGUCUCAGGCCCAGUAAGCCUAUUCAGACGCCGUGUUGCCUUGGCUAACGGAGUCAAAGCUAAGUGGUGCCCAGCAUAAACGCACACAACUGAGUGGACGACAUUGACGGGUGACGACGACGACGACGACAAUCGAUGCUGCUUAGUGCAUAACGAACAGGCGCAGCAAGCGGACGCAGCACGUCGAAUACGGAGACGCAGACGCACCUUUCUCCAAGCAGCAGCAACGGCGGCGGGCCGUGUAUUUUUGUGCGCCAUCUCGGGUUAUUGGAUACAGAUACAUAGAUACACAGCGGCAGCGCGCGUACUCACGGAUAUUUUUAGCAGCCGGCCGCGCACACACACACGCAAACAACCGCGCGCACACACAUCCAUACACAGUUGCAGGCACGCUGCUGACACACGCGGCUCGCACGUUUUGGAAAAACUGUUCUUCGAGGCUUUUCCUACAUACAGUUGCAGCGCGCGUAUCCAACAGAUAUUCUUCAAAGUCCGCUGACUUUGACAAACAAAAAAAAAAAACAAACAAAAAACUAAAGAUAUAAUUUUUUUUUAAAUAUAAGCAAUAUAAAACAAGUCUUGCUAGGCAAGUUUGAGGAAAUAAAAAGAAUUUAUUCGGAGGAAAAAACAAAAAUCAAAAUAAUAUCACUUUUAUUGUGUUAAUCUGCCAAAAUGUAUGUAUGAGGCAAGCGUUAAUUUAAAAUAAAGUCACAAAACAAAAAAAAAAAAACCCGACAAAAAAAUGCAAAACAAAAGUGUAUGACUAAUUAGCUGAUGCUGUGGAAUUUAAAUUGAUUCGAAUUUGUUUUCGUAUACUCACAAUGUCUGUGGGUUAACUUUAAUGAAGCAAAAAUUCAAAUAAAAUAAAAACAAAUACCAUUAAAAGUGUUAAAAAGUGUUAAAGUUUUCUCAGUUCCAAACUUAAAAUAUAUUCAAAAAACUCAAAACUACAACAAAACCAACAGCUAACAGCGGCAGGCGAGCAGCUCACACAAUUUUUGGAUUUAUGAAAUCAAAAAGAUGAAAUCCAGCAAAUGCGAGCUGCACAACUACGCGGACUUGGAUAUGGAGCCAAACAGCGUUCAGCCUAAAGCGGACUCGCGCAAGCGCAAGGCCGGUACAACGCCGGGCAGUCGACGCGGCGAGAAGUAUUCGUUGCGUCAGAAGCGACAGAAGCGCCUGCCCGGCGAUCUUUUCGAGACGACGCCCGCGCCUGCCGCAGAGCUGCAGUCGGCAGCGACACCCGCUGCCAAGGCCAAGGCGAAGAGCUCGACCAAAACGAAAGCGCCGCCGCUGAGCAAGUAUCGCCGCAAGACGGCCAACGCCAGGGAGCGCACACGCAUGCGCGAGAUCAACAUGGCCUUUGAGCAGCUGCGUCACUGCGUGCCGCAGUCUAUUACGGGUGAGGAUGCUGCCAAUACCAACGAGAAGCUAACCAAGAUAACGACGCUGCGUCUGGCCAUGAAGUACAUUGGCAUGCUGAGUGAAUCGCUGCAGGAUCCCAGCUACGAGAGCGAGUUUUUGGUCGAGUGUUUGCGCGAGAGCGCUAACCGGGAGGCGCAUGUUAGCCUAGAUACCGAACCAGAGCUGGAUUUCGAACUAGAGGUGGAAGCUAAGCCGGCAGUCAAGUCCAAGAAGCCAGCCAAGGCCAACAAAAAAACGCCCACCAAGCGACAAAGCAAACAGUCGAAGGCAGACAUUGCAGCAGCCACGCCCAGAACGGCAACUACUACAAGCGCGCCCAGCAGCUCGCCGGAAUCGUGUUAUGCCUCCUCCUCCGUGGGCUCGCCCACUUUUUGUGUGGCCGCCUGUUCGCCUAGCUCGGCCUAUGCGUCGCUGUCCUCAGCCGCCUCUAGUAGCUGUAGCAGCAGCGGCAGCGUCCAUGGAAGCGUGGCGCUGGACGCGGACAGCUUGUUGGGCAUGCAGGCGCUGAGCGAGCUCAACACAUUGCUGCUGGAGUCGGAUAGUGAUUCGCUGCACUGCCUCAAUAGUAGCUACCAUCCUGAUCUGCUGACGUCUGCAGGCUCUGUGCUGCCUUCACGUGGGGAUUUGCCUAUAUCGAUGAACUUGCCACUGGACAAGCCAGAUGUAGAGCUAAGCUUGCGACUGUUGGACCACUCGACGGACUCCUUUGACUUUGCCAGCGAUCAGCAGCCCUCGGCAUGCAUCAGCCCUCUGGCCACACUGGACAGCUUUCAUCCAUUCUCGGAUCUGCUGCAUAGCGAGUUUCCGGAUAUAUUUCUCACGUGACCAGCAAAGCAGGCAGCCUGUUAGUUUAUUAAAUAAUUAAUAAUUACUGAUAAUUGUAGUUUGUUACUUGCUGCGUUUAAGUUUAACCUAGUUUUAUAGUUGCGCGAUCACCUAACCUCACUUAAGCAAUAGCCGCGGAAUUCAUCGUGUCAUAGCAGUCAGGCAGGCAGAGUGGCAGG